AUGACAUCCCACCAGCCGUAUCAGCGGCUCAGCAUAUUUCACGAAGCUACAAUGCGCACUAAUACGUUUUACGAACCUGCAAUGAAUAAGAAGUCCCCAAACAAAUCACAUGAAGCGACCUUCAAUUACAAGCCAAACAUCCUGCGCACUCUGUCACUACUGUCUAUGCUCAUCCUUACGCUGGCACUCAUUGGCCUCCUCGAGUACGCUGUCAUCGAACUCCCUCACGGCGUUAGUGGCGCAGAAGCAUUACCAACGACAUCCGCAUCCCUAUCACCAUCCCAAUCCAUCGCGAGAAGACAACUGCACCCUAUCUAUGUGCGCAACGCAACAGCAGCCGCUGCAGUUGGCAACAAUGAUGAGGCCACUACUAGUGUCUCGACCUCAGGUCCGGGGAGCAGCUCUGCGACCCAAAGCUUUGCCGCGAUUUCCGCAAACGCCCUUGCUGCCGUGCCGAGCGACUAUGUCUCCACGGUGGUGACGCAGACGGUGGCCUUGACGAUGGCAAACAACAACUAUGUUUCAAUGGACGCUACGCAGACGAUUUCCUUGACGUCUAGCGCGCAGCAAGAGCAGUCUCAGAGUGCGGUGAGUCAGCUAGUUGAGCAGAGCAAUUACGUUUCGACAGACGCUACGCAGACAAUAGCCUUGACGUCUAGCAGGCCAAGAGGCAACGUACAGAGUGUGUCGCCAACGUCGACGAUUGAAGAAAGCAACUACGUCUCAACAGCCGCCACGCAGACUGUGUCAUUGACAUCGUACACCUCUCCAGACGCCCACGUCAACACAGCAACAACCCAGACAAAUGCCGCCAUGCAGACAACUGGCUACGUUGACACGGAUACGACGCAGACUUACACUCUCUCGAGUCAACCGACGGCUGUGGCGACGAUGGUUGGGCAAAUCAGCGGUUAUGUGAACACGGACACGACGCAAACCGUCACCCCAUCAAGCAAACCCACCUCGACACCUACGCAGCCAAGCCCACAAGUGACUACAAUCUCUAGCGCCAGCGUGAUCGAUGUGCCCGUGUCAAGUACCGUGCUUGUCACAUCGUCGACCAUCUUGGUUCUUCAGACAACGACCAGUAACGGUCAAACUAUGGUCGCUUCAGAAACCUCGGUAAUCCCAAUUAGCCAAACCACUGUUCAGUAUUCGCAAAGCACCUCCGACAUUCGGAUACUCUCUACAUUCUCCGCAACCUCGGAUAAACAGGAUGCUCCCAGCAUCAUCACCACCGUAACAGGCGGCUCGACGUUGGUUCUCACCUCCAGCGGCUCAGUGGUCACAUCGGUCGAGGGAGGCUCGACGAUGACAUCCACCGCCAGCGACUCCGUGAUCACGUCGGUCUCAGGAGGCUCGUCGACGACCUUCACCGCUAGCGAUUCUGUGAUCACGUCGGUCUCAGGAGGUUCGACGGCGAUCUUCACCUCCAGCGGUACUGUAAUCACCUCGGUCUCGGGAGGCUCGACGACGAUCUCCACCUCUAGCGGCUCAGUGAUCACGUCGGUCUCCGGAGGUUGGACGUUUGUCUCCACCUCCAGCGGCUCAGUGAUAACAUCGGUCUCCGGAGGCUCGACGGUGGUGUCCACCUCCAACGGCUCGGUGAUUACAUCGGUCUCGGGAGGCUCAACGGUGACCUCGACGGUCCAGGUCUCAACCGCGAGCAUGAUAGCUUUGACCACUCCGCCUCCUACCUCGACAGCACUACCAACCACUGAUGAUUCUAGCUUAUCAGACAACGACUACGGUAGGUAUGCUACGAUCAUCCACCAUUUCACUUCCGCACAAGUCUUCCUAUACACAUAUAUGGCACUUCUUGUUGCUGUCGUUUACCGCAUGAUCUGGACCGUGAUCUACAACAACCUCAAUCUGAUCGAACCAUUCCGGAUGCUGAGUGAGGCGAACGGCGCCCCAGCAGAACGAGCCUUCUUCUCCUUCUACCAGUCGCAGUCGAAUCUCCUCGGGUCGCUUUCUGCACUAGCGAAAGGGAGACUGCUUCUUGCGCUUACUGCACUGACCUAUCUCAUCGCCUGCUUCCUUCCGGCCCUUGCCUCAGAAGCGAUAUUCGUCGAUACGAACUGGGGAUGUCCGCACCCAAUGGACGGCAGGAACCCAUGUACGCCAAGGAUGACUGCCAACGUUCUGAUUCUUCGUCUCCUGCAAGGUCUACUGGGCUUCGCAGCACUCGUGCUUCUGGUCCUGCUCUCGACACUGCUGCUCACCAAGACCGGCUUACCCGCAAACCCCAGCUCCAUGGCUACCAUUGGGUCGCUCAUGCGCCACCCAGGUUUGCUCGAAGAUCUGAGCGACGCACCCACAGACGCCUACGUCAGCGAGAUGAAGGAGGCAUUACGUGGCAAACGGUACCGUCUGGGGUACUAUAAGACCGCAAGCGGCGAACCAGGCUACGGUAUCCAUGCCACAGAAGCCGGUCUCGUUGACAACAAGGCUGCAGGGCAUCGCUAUGAGCCCGUAGCUGGCUCACACUCGAUACGGCAGACCCACCACUCCGCUCACCGCAUGCGAUUCAUGGACUUCAUCCUCGCACUUGUGGUAAUCGGCACAUUCGGUGUCGUCCUGGCCUACUACCUCGACUCCAGUAACGAUGGCUUCAACCGCUACUUCAGCAGCAACACAUUUGGCCCGCGCUUCAUCCUCACCGGCGCCGGCACAAUCAUAGCGAGUCUCUUCAAGUCCGUGGAGCAGAGCGCAGUCAUCAUGGCGCCUUACAAGCGGUUGGCGAAAAGGGCAUGCCCACCACGAAGCACCAUUCUCUUUACACCGCACAAUACGCCGUUCGUGUCGACGUUUACUACACUCUGGCACGGAUACGUCUUCUCGUCUCUGGUCACAGCCGUUACCCUAACGGCGGAGGCGCUCAAUAUUGUAAUCAGCGGCGUGCCGUACGCUACCGGUGAGACUUGGAUGCAAUUCCUGAUCUCCGCCUAUAUGUCGCUCGUCAUCCUUGGUAUUAUGAUUGUGGUCGUGGUCAUGGUGAUAGCCUCGCGGCUCCAGGAACCCGCAAUGCCGCGGAAGCCGGAUACGUUGGGCUCUGUGAUGAGCUACCUUUGUGGCAGCAAAUGCCUAGACGACUUUGAGGGGGCAGAGUGGCAUGACGAGAGGACAAGAGACUGGAGGAUACGCCUUCUGGGGAAGAGCUAUGCAUUCAGAGAAACGACGAGGCCAAGAGACGGGAAGCUGGCCUGGACUGUAGAUAAUGUGCAAGACUGA